AUGAGAAAAUUUUUAAAAAGGAAAUGGAUUGUCCUGCAUGUAGAGGCCCAACUUCUUUUAAAAGAGCAAAGCAAAUCUUCAGAUGCACCAAAAAAAGCUGUAGAAAAGCUACGCGUUUUCGCUGUUCCUGUUAAAAAACGGGGCAGUGAAACGCUUCUUGAAGUUAUUAAGAAGCACGUCGUACCUGGCUUGAUCAUUCAUUCUGAUCUUUGGCGAGGUUACAACGGAAUUGAGGAUAUUUUGGGUUUCAAACACUAUACGGUAAACCAUAGUGUAAAUUUUAAAGAUCCAGAAACUGGUAUUCAUACAAAUUCUAUAGAAAGAACGUGGAAUAGAUUCAAACUACUGAUUUCGGCACGGUCACGGACAAAAAAAGACAUGGAAGAACGUUUAUGGAAAUAA